UAUCAAAACGAAACUCCACACUUUACCUAAUGUGACGGUUUGAAGAAGGGUGUGUCCUCCCCUCGAGGAGCGCGCGCAUGCGCAUUGACUAACUCCUUUGUUGUUCUGUUAAGUAGUUUUACUAUUCCAUUCUUCUAAAAGUUAUCAACGCGUGUUUUGACCGUACAAACUUACCAUGCUUAAACACUCUAUUCAGAACUUUGGCAUUUGUUUUGACAAACCAGUGGUCGACGGGAAAAGCACGUUUUCGAAAGGCGACAUGGUGACGGGACACAUCUCCUUCGACCUCAGCAAGGACACCAGCAUCACGUCUAUCAGGAUGAAGCUGAAAGGAGGCGCUAACGUCUCCUGGUCCCGCGGGUCGAAAAACAACCGGCGAACCUUCGCAGCCAGAGUGGACUUCUUCACUUUAGAGGGCGCCAUCCUGCAGGAGACGCGUGAGACCAUCAGCAGCGGACAAAACAAACUUCCGGCUGGAACGCAUGUUUUCCCGUUUUCCUGUCAGCUUCCUCUAGGAGAUUUCCCAUCAUCCUUUCGCGGCGUUCACGGGGAAAUCAAAUACACGCUGACAGUGACCAUCCACAGACCCUGGCAUUUGAGCAAGGAAUUUGUGACUGUGCUGAACUUUGUGAACCACAUUGACAACAGCAAGCCAGACCUGUGGGCUCCCCUUUCAGGCUCAAACAGCAAAAUGCUGUGCUGUCUGUGCUGUGCUUCAGGUCCAGUCACGAUGACCGUCAUGGUAGAAAAAGCAAUCUUCAGUCCAGGAGAAACUGCCAAAAUCUUCUGUGAGUUCAGCAAUGCUUCAUCCAAGGCGGCUUCUCCAUGGGUGAAGCUGCUACAGAGGCAGACUGUCUAUACCCUCGACCAGGUCAGUUCUAGCCAGGCAUGCGAGCGGCUGGCACUAGUGGCUGGAGAACAUGUCAUGCCAAACACGUCCGAUGUGCACACGGAGAUCAAGCUCCAUAUUCCCUCAUCAGCAUCCUGCACCAUCUCAAACAUCAGCAUCCUCAAAGUCGAAUACAUAAUAGAGGUGAGCCUCUGUAUUUUAGGAUCCCAUGAGCUGACGGUGCUGUUUCCCAUCAUACUGUGUGAUAAAUCCACAUAUAAUCCUCCCCCUUUCUUAUCGUGAGUUCAUUUACCAACUGUGGACAUAUUGGAAUACAAUAGAGUAUAAAUCUUUACAAAAUAACAACCGAAAGUGUACUUUAAACUUAAAUAUUCUGUAUAAACGUUUUGAAAUGUGA